AUGAGCACAAGAACGUCUCCAGGUCUGCUGGUGGAAUUCCAGGUGCUGUGGAAGUUGUGGAGGAAGUGGUCCUCUUGCAGUCCCUCCAAGCACUCCUCUCUGGAGACCCCUGGGUCUGCCAGCAAGCCAAGUCUCUGCCCCAGACUUGGAAUCAGAAAUGCCCCCCACUGUUUUUCUAGGGGCAGGGAUGAGUGUGCCCUGACUCAGCUCUUGUCUCGGUGGUCCAGCGUGUGGACUGUCAUGGUCAUCUGUGAGACAGAAAGUGUGCACCUGAUUCCAUCUCCCCCGAGGACCCCAGAGGUGCCCACAUCCAAGAAAACUCUGGCAUUACCUGUCUCUUGGAGAAGUGUAAUUUUCCCACAGCUUCGACUUAAUCACAAUGUAAAUAUCUUUGGCCAAAGAAGUCCGGCCACUUCGAUUAAUUCUGGUAUUGCCGCAUUCUUUGUUAGCUCCUGGGCCGAGGCAGUCAGGAGACAGGGGUGCCAGCGGCGGCCCUGCGAGCUCGUGGGGCGGAGAAGCAUGUCUGAAACGCGGAGCAGCUCCGCGGCGGGCACGUCAGUGGGUCCCCCAGAGAGGCCCCUCCCGGGACUGCUCACAGGGUUCACCCCCAGCCCCUCGUUCUCCAGCGAGGCCUGCUGCACCCCAGCCACGGCUGGUCAGGACAGUGAGACCACGACCAGCCUCUCUAACAAAACCACGACGUCUCAGCUGCACGGCACCUACUGUGCGCUCCGGCCGCUGAGGCUGCUAACCCAGGUCCCCUCCUCCGCAGCGUCUCCUGCCCUCUUCACGCUCCGGGCCUGGCGGAGUGCGCCCCCUCAACGGACGGGGCUCAGCCCCACGGCCUGGGACUUGGAGCCUCCCACUGGACCCGCUGGCCUGAGAGGCCUCGGGGAGCAGCGUCAGCGAGUCCGCAGCAACAGCUGCGGCCCCCCGGUCAGCACGGGGCUCGCCCCCGACCGCCGCCUGGGUCAGCAUGCGCCAAGCCACGCCCUGUCCUGCUCGGGCUCCCCCACCAGCCUUCUGCCUCAGGUCCCCGGCUUCCCCGGCACCCCACAGACCUCAGGGUCUGCCCCCAUGCCCCCGUUGCCCACCUGCUCUCAGAGCAUCCAGGCUGGCCUUUCCUCAGUCCCUCCCAUGGGUCCAGCACUGCCCUCCCCAGCAGCGGCUCUGGUCACCCGUCGGCCGGGGAAGGACGCGGUGGCCGGUUCCCAUCUGGGCCGCUGCGGACGGGCCUCUCCUGAACAUUCGUGCCAGGGCUCUGGGCAAGAAGCAGUACAGAGCAUGUGCCCGGAGCUACAGCAGGCCAAACACUACGUGUGCUGCCCUCGGGCUCUGGGCGGGACUGCGCUGCCCCCUGGGCCUGGCGAAUGCCCCACGCAGCUGCCCCAGUGGAUGCCCGGCAGCGUCGGGGAGUCGGGGCCCCGAGUGUGCGUGCCCGCAGGGGAAGCCUGCACUGGUGCGGUCGUGAUGCUUCCCGGGGUCCUGAGGCCCCGCUGGGCCCACAGCCCCAGCAAGCCCAUCCUCCCAGGGCUGGGGGGGCAAGUGACUUCCCCAAAGAACGUUCCACUGCUCGGCGCCCAGCCCUGGGUGCCUGUGAUGAAAAGCGGCCCACAGCUGGGACAGGUCAGCUCCCGCAGCCCAGUGCCCACGGAGCUGGGGAAGGUCAGCCUCCCAGGGCCCCCGUGCUGCUCCGCAGACCCGGUCCCCCCGUUCCUCGGGGUCCUGCCCCCGCUCCACCCGCACUGA